AUGUUGAAACACAUGGAAGUACCAGAAGAUAACAGACUAUCAAAACUAGUGCUGAAUAUAUUAACCUGGGGAAGAAGAGAGCGAGGAAGUCUAAGAAAAGUUAAGUCAACAGGAAUCCCUGGCAAGUUACAUGAUGAUUUUCAAAAUUCAGAACUCAACCUAUCAAAUCACAGGAUCUACAGACAAGAUAAAGGUUUUGAAACUAGCCAUCGUCGUAGAGGUGGUAGAGUAUUGAUAACUGUACACAAGAUGUUCUCAAGUGUAGUAAUUGACAUUUUAAACACCAGAGCUGAAUAA